AUGAGCAACGAGACACAGACAGCUGGGACAGGCGAUAUUGGAUCGGACAGCUCCGCUGCCCCAUCCUCGAGGACAGGCAUGACGACGGACGACCAGCUUCUCAAAGCCGAAGAGCUCAAGUCGCUUGGCAAUAAGGCAUACGAGCAAGGGGAGUUGACCGAGGCUCUUGGGAAGUGGCAUCAUUCCCUGCUCCAUUGUGCGGGGAUCAACUCGUUCGCAACUUUGUACGGCGCUCGCUCAUCAGACGCGCAGAACGAACGCGCCGCUGGCACCGCAAGUGCUGUCUAUAACAACAUGGCUGCUUGCUACCUGAAGCAGCAAAAGUGGUCCAAGGCCGUCUACGCCUCUUCAAAGGCGUUGGAGCUAGCACCCAAUAACCUCAAGGCGCUCUACCGCCGAGCAGAGGCCCACCUCGAGCUCGGCAAGAACCAAUUGGCAGCAAGAGACAUCGACGUAGCUCUCGAUUUGCGACCACAAGACCCUGUCAUUCGCAAAUUAGGCGAACGCCUGGUGCAGGCCUUCGAGGAUGAGGAGAAGGAGCGCCAAUUGGACAAAGCGACCCAACCUUCAACAUAA